UGGCUCUCCAAGAACUGAGAGACAAAACAAUGAGUCUACACCAGGCAUCACACUACUACGGGAUUGCCAAGACAACUUUGCUCACACGAUUUAAGAGGGCUAAGGAAGAAAUGGGAGACAGCCAGAAUCUUACAUUAAUGAUGGGGCUAAAACACCGAGAUGUCAACAACAAGUUUGCGACUAAACAAGUCCUUACAAUGAAGGAGGAAGAGAACCUUGCAAAAUAUUUGCUGGAAUGUUCCAAGAUGAACUAUGGCCUGACCCUGAAAGAUACACGAAAGUUGGCGUAUACGUAUGCAGUCAGUGAAGGCAGGACGAUUCCAAAUAAUUGGUCAGAAGACAAGAUGGCAGGGAAAGCAUGGGCAAGAGGAUUUUUGAGAAGACACAAAGAACUUUCGGUUAGAAAGCCGGAAAAUACUUCUGCAGCAAGAAACCUUGGUUUCAAUAAAGAGAGUGUGUUUCAAUAUUUCCAAAAUUUGACAGGUAUAAUGAACACAUAUUCUUUCGGGCCAGACAGAAUAUAUAAUAUUGAUGAGACUGGCCUGAGUACAGUCUUGCGUUCGCAGAAUGUGGUAGCCGGAAAAAGCAUGAAACAGGUUGGGAUGUGUGUCUCUGCCGAGAGGAGUGAAUCUGUGACAAUUGUGGGUAUCGUUAAUGCAGCAGGGGAGUAUAUUCCACCUGUCAUCAUAUUCCCUCGCAAACGACAUCACCCGGAGUAUAUGGAAGGCUGUGUGGAUGGUGCGCUACCUUUGUUUAAUACAAAAGGGUAUAUGGAUGCUACGUUUUUCUUGAGAACUUUGGAGCACUUCAAAAAUCAUGUACAAGUGUCGAUUGAAAAUCCACUUUUGUUGAUUUUGGAUAAUCAUUCAUCUCACUUAUCUCUUGAGGCCCUUAGAUUCUGCCGAAAUAACGGUAUCCAUAUGAUCACUCUACCACCACACACCAGCCAUAAGACACAACCCUUGGACCUGGCUGUUUUUUAUCCAUUUAAGGAAUACUGUGUGUCUGAAUUCCAGGGCAAAAAAGUGACAGUGCAUAAUAUUGCACGAUUCUCCGCAAUGCCGUUUAAAAAGAGCUUUACCUCCAGUAACAUAAAAUCUGGAUUCAGGGCUGGAGGGAUCUACCCACUGGAUGGUAACAAAUUGUUCAAAUUUUUUGAAGACAGAGAACCUAUCACCUCAUCCCAGUCUUCCUAUCAUGUGUCCACAAAUGCUCACGUAAAUAUCAAGACAGCUCUGAACUCGAGAGUGGAGCCUGAGUUACCUAUUAAUAUUUCUGGUACAUCGUAUCAACCAAUAUUGGAUCUCGUUGAUCGCAGAUUUGAAAUGCCGAUGGAUGACAGAAGUGAUCUUCACGUGAUUGCAGAUCCGUCCACCUCACCAGAAGAUACACAGCUUAGUUUUGAAAAAAAUAUGAAUCCAAUGAAGUGGGAACGUGAGUCAAGUGCCUUGGAAAAUGCUGCUUUUUCCGCAAAUUUUUGCACAGACACUACGAGCAACCCUAUUUUCCAUCAAAUUCCGUCGAAAAGUCAUGUUUUCAGCAAUUCAUUUGAUUCUGUUGAAGAACGUACUAUGAGCACUGGUCUAAGUCUGAAUCCACUAACCGAGGCAGAGCAGAUAUCGCUAACACCAACCGAAGUCCUAGAUCUCUCAAUUUCAACUCAUAAAAAUGUUGAUGACCAUGAAGUUGAAGUAGCACCUUUUAAGAAGAUUUGUAUGUCCAAUGCAGAAAGGCCAAUAGAUCUAUCUAUGAAGACUUCGACAUUUUCAUCAGAUUCACGACUCCGUUUUGGAGGACUGGAAGUUCUCAGACCACUUCCCAACCCACAAAUUCGACAUCUUUCGAAACAACGAAAUCGUGGUAUGACAUCGGCAAUUCCUACCGGAUCACCGGAAUUCAAACGAAAGGAAAAAUUAGCAGAGGAAAAGCGCCUGAAAGAGGAGAAGAAGCAACAGAGAGAAACACAGAGGAGGCUCAUAAAAGAACCAAAGAAAGAAAUAAAAAAGAGAAUCAAGAAAGAACCUAAGGAAGAAACAAAAAAGAAUCCCAUUUCUAAGGAGAAUCCGCAAAAGAAGAGAGGACGACCAAGCAAGCAGUCGGUAUAAAACCUAUUUUUUCUUAAUUAUUUAUGCUGUUCAUUGUUGUUAUUUUGCAUCACUCACUUUAGCUUUACG